AUGCGGCCCAGUAGCGUCUCCGUCUCCAUGCGCAGUCGCAGUAGCGAGGCGGAGCUGCAACGCCUUGGGAGCUGUUUGGAUACGGUCUCGCAGCACCUUUCGGAACAGAUCAUGGGAAUGUCUGAGGGUCAGCUGAAAAUGGCGGAUAAUCUCGCCGCAAAGAUCGCGACCGUGCAAGAUUCCUUCGGCAGCAGUAUGGCCAGCAAAGUGUCGCUGGAAGAUCUCCGGCAAAAGGUGGAGAAGCAGCUGCAACAAGUGAAAGAAAGUGGAGAUGCCUCGCUUCGUGCGCGUGAGGCCGCCUUGAGGGAAGAGAUCGGCAGCAUUCGGUCCGACGCCCUGGUGGAAGCGGAGCAAUGGUCCCAGCGCGUGGCGGCCGUAGAGAAGGCCUCGCAGAAGCUGUGCACCGAGA